CGAGGUUCCGGCUAGUGAGCGCUGACCCGCCUAACCACGUGGGCUGCCCGAACUCGGAACGGAGAUCCUCCAGUCAUGGCGGGGGUGCGCAGAAUGGACCUAGGCGAGGCCCUGGCGCUGGGGCCCGGCUGGCGACACGCCUGCCACGCACUGCUCUACGCGCCCGACCCCGGGAUGCUCUUCGGCCGCAUCCCGCUGCGCUACGCGGUGCUGAUGCAGAUGCGUUUUGAUGGGCGCCUGGGCUUCCCCGGCGGCUUCGUGGACGCGCAGGACAGCAGUCUGGAAGACGGGCUGAACCGUGAAUUAUGGGAGGAGCUGGGUGACACGGCCUCAGCCUUCCGCGUGGAACGCACCGAUUACCGGAGCUCACACGCUGGGACCAGACCGCGAGUGGUGGCCCACUUCUAUGCCAAGCGUCUGACGCUAGAACAGCUGCAGGCUGUAGAAGCUAGGGCUCCACAAGCCAAGGACCACGGGUUGGAGGUGCUGGGCCUGGUGAGAGUGCCACUGUACACCCUACGGGAUGGUGUGGGAGGCUUGCCUGCCUUCCUGGAGAAUUCCUUUAUUGGCGCUGCCCGGGAGCAGCUACUGGAAGCCCUCCGGGACUUAGAACUUCUGGAACCAGGUUCUAUCUCAAACCUCAAGAUCCCACCUUCCAAGUAGAGUCUGCCCUUCAUGGACCCCUGGAACUUGAGAUGAAAACCUUGCUAGGAGGGUGGGAGGGAGGGAGAAGAUGUCUUCUCUUCUGGCCUGAGGGGGUGAUAGGUGAUACCAGAUUAAAAGAAGGAAGUGUGUGUGCAAUGUUUUGAAUAGAGGACCUUGUCCCAUGGCAUCAGAGUUUAUAAAAGGCCUGGCAGUUUAUCUGAGGCCCUCCCCAUUCAUGUUCAGGCAGAGCCUAAGAGCCCCUGGCAUGCACAUUUGCAGUCUGUGACCCCACACAUCUGGGACACUCCCAUCUGUCCUGUUUAACCAGGAUGUAGCUUUGUUGGUGUGUGACUUGCCCCAAUCCCCUCUCUUUCCUGGUAAGCAGAGGACAGUCUCCCCCAUAUCCUACAAAGCUCCUCAGGGUCCAGCGCAGCCCAGGCCUGUUGGGGAAGCAGAGGCAGAGGACUUCUGCUGGCUGAGCAUGGCCCCAUUUUACCUAAGGCUUGACCAGAGCAGCAGUUUCUAGAGAGUAUUGUGAGGCUCUAACCAGCCACAUAGCCUUUCUUUUUUCUGCAGCUGAGCAUAAAAUGUUAGAAGAUAUCAAUGGCUUUUUUGGGCUGACCUUAAACCUGAGACCUCUUCCAGUAUAAAUUACCUUCAUCUCUGAGAAAAUGAUAAAAGACUUAAUCCAGACCCUGUUUAGCCUGCUCUUCCAAAAAAGAACCUCCCAGAAAAGCAAGCUGAUAGCUAGGCGGUCUCUCAACAGGCAUGGGCUUGCACCUGCUAAGUGCCUGGUGUAAUAAAGGGUAUAGAGUCCUUAUAGCUCAUGUCCAGACUUCAGAGGAGAGUUGGCACACAGUCUCUUACAACACUACACAGUAAAUAUUUUAGGCCUUACCAGCCACAUGGUUUUAGUGGAAACCCUUUAACUCUGCCAUGUCAAAUGUACCUGCACAGUACAUAAACUUGUAUUGCCUGUGCCAGUAAGACACUAAUGAAAAAGCAGGCAUAGUUUCUGGACUGUAGCUUACCAGUGACUACAGGGAAAGACGGGCUAAUCUUUGUGAUGACUGUGUGCAUAAGUCUUUGCAAGGAAAUAAGGAAUGGAUGUGGUUCCAUUUGGAUACUUUUAGUUGGGUUGGUGUGGAACGCCCCGAUGGAGAACACUUGAGCGGAAAGAAGAGAAGGGAGGAUUCAUGGAGGAAUGUGGAAAGAGCUUUCUAUUAGUGAAGGCUUGAUGUGGGAAGAUUCCUGGUCAUGACAUCCCAGAAUGGACUUCUUAAUCAUGAUCGUGGAACAUAUUUCUCAAACAGCUAUUUUAUUAUGUUUCAACACAUACAUGUCAGAAAUUCUCAUAGGGACCAGGCUGGGUUACUGUUAUGGGUCUUUUGAAAAGUCUAGAUGAGGGCUGGGGAUGUAGCUCAGUUGCUAGAGUGCUUUGCCUAGCAUGCAUGAAGCCCUGAGGUGGAUCCCUAGCAUCCUAGAAAUGGCUUGAUGGACACCUAUAAUCCCAGCACUGAGGUAGGAGGAUCAGAAGUUCAAUGACAUCCACAGCCAUAGUGAGUUUGAGGCCAGCCUGGGAUACAUGAAAUCCUGUCUCCAAAAAAAAAAAAAAAAUCUAGAUGAUAUUGAACUGGUAGAUAGGGCCUGUCAGGAGAAUCCAAGAUAGCUUCAUUCAUAGGUCUGAUACCUUAAAAGAGAUGGUUAAAGGGCUAGGCUCAACUGAUAUCCCUGUAUGUGGCCUCACCAAAUGGUGAUCUAUUUAGGUGAAUCCCUACAUGACUCAGCUCCCAGAGAAGAGUGUGAAGAGAUCAAGGUAGACCACUGAUCUGGCCCUAGAAAGUCAACUUUUCUAUAUUCUCCUUCUCAAGCAAAUCAUUAAAAGCCAGCCAAGACUCAAGGGUAGGGACAGUAAACUCCAUUUCUUGAUGCUGGUCUAAUGGAUGCGGCAGAGAACCAACAAAGAAUUUGUUACCGAUAUUGACGAGCAGAGUAUAGGGGCAGCACAAGUCCAGUAUGGUGAGACAUCAUGAAACAGGGCCAGGGGCUCUAUGGUAUGAGGUCUCACAGGUCAUGGGGAAUGGCCCAGUGCAUGGGUCAAGGAAGUCACUCCUGGUGUGUGGACCAAGAAUUGAAAGGGUUCUAGAUAAGGACAGAGUAACCUGCCUCUAGUUUCCGUGGAAGAGGGUAGUGACCUGGACCAGGCUUGGGCAAUGGAGAUACACAGAGGUAGAGGACCUGGUGGUAUCUGACAGGGCCUACUGAUGGGUAUGUUGGAGGAGGGGGAAUCAAGAAGGUAGAGGAUUCCAGGAGGACUUAAAUUUGAGCUAAAGCCAUUCAUUUGAAGAUGAAGACAAAACCCAGUGGAUAAGGGAAUAAGAUUUGAAGAGAUCUGCUCCACGUGACAAAUUUGAGUCAACUCAAUAAAGACAGUAUGAGAAUUCCAUUGUGAGGUCAUUCAUAGAGAAAGGAGAUGGACAGGUCAAGGCCCUGGGGAAGCCCAACACUGAGAGUUGAGAGGGGGGGUAGGAUGUGUUAAAAGGGACCAGGAAUAAGAGGGGAGCUGAUUUCUAACAAAGCAGACAUUUCUACGUACUUCAGAGAGUUUUAGUAAGGUCAGAAAAGUCCAUUGGAUUGGGCAACACCAGGAUUUGAUGACGUUUUGGGUGCAAUGUCAGGAAUAUGGAGGGUAGAGGACAAACAAAUGGCUUAAACAAAAGAAUGGCAAGGUGUGCGGAGCUAUAAAGGGCUCAGUUUAAAGAUACUUUCAGAGAUCAAUUCUAUAGUUCGUUAUAGUUGGGGGUAGUGCGUGCACCUCCUUUCCCUUCACCACCUGUGAUGAUGAGUCUCCCCUUACCACUGUGACAAUUAGUCUUGAUUGCCAACUUGGUUGGAUUGAGAGAAUCCUUAAGAGAUUAGUAAAACACACCUAGAUGUGUCUGUGAUACUGUUUCCAGAGAGGAUUAGAUCAUGAUGCCCUGACCUAAUCAGUGAUGUACUCCAUUGAUGGAUUCAAAAUUUGAAUAAACUACUGAGAGUUA